CGCGAAUCGAAAUUUGCGGGAAACGUGAUGACGGUUUUGAAGGUAGCGGUUAUUUUGCUCGUGAUCUUUCUCGGUUUGAAUUAUGUUAAUCCUGAUAAUUGGUCGCCUUUUGCACCGAACGGCGUGACGGGAGUUUUGAAAGGCGUUUCGGCGGUUUUCUUUGCAUAUAUCGGUUUCGACGCGCUUUCGACCACCGCCGAAGAAUGUAAGAAUCCGCGCAAGGAUUUGCCGAAAGCGAUGAUCUUAUCGCUCGUUAUCUGCACGGUUUUAUAUGUUGCGCUUGCGCUCGUGCUGACGGGAAUGGUUUCUUAUACGAAACUCAACGUCGGCGAUCCGCUGGCAUUCGUGUUCGGUUCGGAAGGUGCGAACAUUCCUUGGGUUGCCGGAAUCAUUGCAAUUUCGGCGGUCAUCGCGUUGGCGACGGUUUUUCUUGUAUUCCAGAUCGGUCAGCCGCGUCUGUGGAUGGCGAUGAGCCGCGACGGACUUCUGCCGAAAGUUUUUUCUUCGAUUCAUCCGAAAUUUCACACGCCUUGGUUUGCAACCAUUGUAACGGGUUUGGUCGUGGCGAUUCCCGCGCUGUUUAUGAAUCUCACGGAAGUCACGGAUUUGGCGAGUAUCGGAACGCUGUUCGCGCUUCUCGUCGUCUGUGCGGGCGGUUUGUUC